CUUGGAGAUUCCAAACUAACGAAGAAGCAAAAACAAGAGAGUGAAGAAGAAGAAAGAAUAUGGUUUUUACUCCAUACCCAGAUUUUCUCAUUAUCUACAACUCCAAAGAUGUUUCUCUUUCUCAACGUUUGGUACUCCCAAGUGAUUACAGACAGUACUACCCAACGCCUCUCCCUCAGACAGCGGUUCUCAGGAAGCCAGAAGGAAACUUCUGGGCCGUCAAAUGGGGAAUAAGUCCAGAGGAGGAGAUUAGCUUCGGAGAUGGCUGGUCUACGUUCAUUGCAGAGAAUGAUCCCCUCGACGGAGACUUUCUGCAGUUCUCUUACGAUGGUUCCCGAAGCUUCAUGGUUAGCAUUUUCAGGGGUGGGCUCCCUGUGAAGCCAAAAGCUCCUGUCACAAUACAAGACAUUUCAGAUGAUGAUGAUGAGGAUAAAACAGCUGGUGAUGAUGGUAAUGAGAAGAAAGAAGAAGAUUAUGAUCAGAACAUGAUCAUUUCUCUUUCUUUGGGAAGUAGCGACGAAGAGUACGAUGCUGAUAAAACGGUUUGUGAAGUUAACAAAGCUCAUAGAACUUUAGAGAGAGGAAGUUCUUCGCAAAGGAUACGUGCUCAAUCCAUUGGUGAUCCGGAAAUGUAUCUUGAUGAUCCCAAGAACCCUUGUUUUAUUGCAACUUCGUCGUCGUGUAGGCGUAUGUUGGUGAUUGCUAUGCAAGUAAUAAAAGACUAUGACUUGAAGUUUGAUGGCACGAUCAAGUUCAUCGAUGGAUUUGGUGAAUUAGAGGGAAAGAUCGGAAACUGGAAAGAUCGUGUUGUCGUUUACCCGUGGCAAGAAAUCUAUCAGAGAAACCAUGCGAAGCCCGGAGAUGUGAUCAUAUGUGAGAUUCUACGUGAAGGAGAUGUUGUUCGAUCCAUCAAGGCUCACUUCGUUAAGAAAUGAUGUUUUAUUUAUGCGUCUCAAGACUUCAAAGAAUUGGUGUUUAUGUAAUGUUAACCUUCGUCGUCUCGUCUCUUUUAGGCUGUUGUGUUAUCCUUUGUUCUCUCAGGAUCUUGUUGAAACUUGGUGUUUGCUUUUGAAUUUAAGUUUUAAAUGUUUGGUGUCGCAUGUGUUAUUAGAAAUGCUGGAGUGUGCCUCAAU